ACAAGAAAUCGCUCAAAAAAAGAAUUUUAACAAUUUUAACCGCAACUUUUAAUUAUUAUUAUCGUUUUAAGUGUUUUAAGUUUUAACCAUGUCGUCAACCGAUAACAAAACCGAACAAUCCCAAGAUCCGAAGAAAAAGAAAUCGAAAAAACAAAAACCAUCAUCCGCAAAACACCAUCACCACCAUCGUCGAAGACCAAGAGAGGAAACAUUAGAAUCUUUAAAACGUUUCAAAUUUGACAUGCCCGGAGUUCAUCGAGUCGUUUUAAGCGAAAAAACCCAAGCUGAUAUAGGCAUGUUGGUCGGAGAAGACGUCACCUCGGAAUUACCAUGGAAAAUAAUCCAAAAAGAAGUCAUCGCGGACCACAUCGAAUUAAUAGAAGACUCCGAAUUUAUGGAAUUCCGCCUCGAAGUGAUCCCAUACGAAAGCCCCGAGGUCCUGAUGGGGUACAUCCCGGACGAAAUAAGGGAAUACGACGAAUUUUAUUUGGUCUUAUCAAAAAACGCGCAAGAAAUAAUCACAAACGUCAUCACAAAAAUCAAAGCAUUCCAAGAAGCAAAAUUAACGCGAGCUUUAGAGGUCGUCCCAAAAGGUUUUUGGCCAUCAUUCGGAAGCGAAGACGAAAUCGCCGAAUACACCGAAACUCCAAAUCGAAAUUUAUACGAAGUCGAAGUCGAAACGACUUAUCCAAUAAUUAGUAGAAAGGUGAAGUUUCGUAUUCGACCGGUUGAGAAGGCACGUGAUGGUUAUAUGGAGCUUUUAACUCGAGUGCCGAUUCAAAAUGUGAUUAAAUCACGAAUUGAUGCGAUCGUCCAAAGAUCUCCGAAUGUUAUAACUCGAGAAGCACAAACUAAUUGUCCAUAUCCGAAGAAUGCUUGGACGCAAUACUUUUAUGAAUUCGAACCUGUCACGAAUUUAACCGCAAAGUUUACCCAAAACAUUCGAGAUUUCGUCGAUUACGAAUUAGACGAUUUAUGCGAUAAAAUCAACGUUAACGACCAUAUUAAUUUAUAUUCCAACGAUUAUCGCGAUUUAGUAACCGACCAAGCUUUCGCAGAAACUCCAGAAAGAGUCAGUUGGGACGAAUACAUGUCUUUUGCCGAUUUAAAAGACGCCAGAAAUAAAAUGAUAACUUCAGCGUGUUGGCACCCGAUGUUAACCGGAACCGUUGCAAUUUCUUACGCAGAUAAAGCCCCAAAUACGUUCCUCCGAGGACCCGGGACGAUAGAUCCCGUUAAUAACAUAAUCCAUGGGAAAAAUCCCAUUUUGGUGUGGUGCUUCAACGAUGGGCUUUACCCCAAAUUAGAAUUGGAAUGCCCAAGACCGGCAGAUUGCAUCUCUUUUUGUCCCUUUGACCCCAACAUAAUCGUUGGAGCUUUGUCAAAUGGGCAAGUUGUCGUGUGGGAUAUCAAAAAUAAAUUGGAACACGUCGAGGAGCAAGAAAUUUUAACUCAGGCGCAACAAAAAUAUCGCGUUUUAAUGUUCUCCUUAAUGAAUUGGUUUCAAAAUACUCGCGAUAUAAAAUUAGUUAGAGUCACAGCUCAAUCUGACAUGGCAGUUUCGCAUUCGCGCAACGUAACGAGAAUUAACUGGAUUAAUCCGUUUCGGAGAUUAUUUCGAACUGGAAAAAUCGUAAAUUUACUCGAAGAUGAACCGAUGACCAUGCAAUUCAGUACCAGCUCAAUCGAUGGGAGCUUAUUCUUUUGGGAUAUGUUGGCCAAACCUACUGGUCAUGCUGGGGAGCACCAAAAAAGAAAAUCGAAACGUUUAAAAAUACGCCCGAGUGCUCUAACUUUGGAUGCUUCGCCUUUUCAGUUUUUGAAUCGGGUGUGGAGGCCGUUGUAUAAAAUAAGUGUGAGUAAUUCGAAGAAAAAUCGGGGGUUUCCCAUCGCUUCGUCGGAUAUUUUGGCGCAUCUUUUGUAUUAUGAGAAAGCUGAUCCGAAACAACCGGAUUCGAUGAUCGAGAGGGUUGCUUAUAAGCCGGUGUGGAAAAGGCCGACGAAACCGCAUAGUUGUACGGCGAUUUGUGGGACUUCUAAUGGGUAUGUUUAUAUGAUGAAAUGGGAUGGGUAUGAGGUGGAUCCUGGGGAGCCCAUUAAUACUGAAUAUGCUAAGGUAAUUAGUAUAGGUCGUUACCACGACGGUCCAGUUCACACAAUGGAUAGAAAUGCUUAUUCGAAAACUACAUUUUUAUCGAUCGGAGGUAGAAUAUUUGCAAUUUGGCGCCCGGAUUUAAAAGAUCGUCCGGUUUUAUGGAGAAAAUCCCGGGUAAGAUAUCUCCACGGGCACUGGGCGAAAGGAAAUCCUUCGAUGUUCCGUUUAAGUCGACGUGAUGGAAGUCGUGAAGUAUGGAGCCUUUUAAAACGGAGCGACAAGAAAAUGUACGAACAAAAUAUGUCAGGCGAAAGAGUUUUGGGCUCUUACGUUCAUCAUCGCGUUUUGCCAAUGGGAGUAAUCGGAAUUGCCGAUAACAACGGAGCUUUCCGAAUGUUUUACAUCCCACAUUUAAAUCAACACGAAGAAGCGGGAAAAAAAUUGGAGCGGAUGUUAGAUCGCGAAGUUAUCCGUAAAAAAGCCUUUAUGGAGUGGCAAACAAAUUGGUUAAACACCAAUUCCGCCAUCGUCGAACAACGCCUGGAAUAUCGCCGAUUAAGAAUGGAAAUGUUAAUGGAGAAAGCGUUAAAAGAACAACAAAAAAUAGCAGACGAAAAAGCCGAACAAGAAAGACAACAGAAAUUAUUAGAAAAAAAGAACAAACCCGAACCGGGUCAUUACCAAGAAUGGGCGCAAGAACAACUAAGAAUUAAAGAAGAAGAACGCAUGAAACGAGUUUUAUUACUAAAAAAACAACUCGAUCCCGAAUUAUUAGUUUCACAACAAGCCCCAUUAAAGAAACUCGCGCAAGAAGAGGAAAAGAAAAAGAAACGCCAAAAAGAACGCCUCGCAGAAGCCGAUAAAUUAUUCGCAGAAGCGGUGGCCACUUUAUUUCCAGACGUUAUCAAAGUUAAACCACCGCCACCGUUGGAUCCGUACGAGGGAGAUUAUCCCAUCACCGAUACCAUCGAAUGUUUUGCACAUUUCGCAGCUUUGCACAAUCUCGCGGAUAUGUUCGUUCAGCUACAUCCGUUUGUCUAUAAUUUCGAUUGGAAGAGGGUGGUCCAAAGCGGAAUCGAAAGACGAAAACAAAUCCAUAGUCAAUUCGUUGCGAUUUCGCAUCGCGAACGAUACGAAGCCGAGAAACGAAUGGCAGAAGGACCUAGCGUAAUUGAGGUGGGUAGGAGUAAAGUUCUUAGCACUCCGAGCGGUGGAAAUAUUGUCGAGGAAGAAGACGAGGGGGAAGAGGAGGAAGAUAAAGGUUUAUUCUAAUAUUUAUAUGUAUUUGUUGAAUUGGGGAAAUAAAAAGGAUUAAA